AUGGUUGCGAUUCUAUUUUUUGUUUUCUGCUUUUCUUCUUCCUCCAGACAGUGAGUUUGUGGAAGCCACUCCCGCGUCCUACAGUCCAGAGGAGUUAGGUCCCCCUCCUGUUUGUUAUAGUUCCAGUAGUCCUGUCCAGAUUCUAGAAGACCCCAACUACUUUUUCCCAGACUUUCAGCUGUAUUCUGGGAGGCAUGAAGCAUCUGCGUUGACUGCAGAGGCAAACAGUGGCAUCAAGGAAAAAGGCAUUGAGGAUCCUCUUUGUAAAUUCCACUCCCCAAACUUCCCAAGGAUCUCAGAGGUGGAAAUGAGAGGUUCCGAGGAUGCAGCAGCUGGAACAGUAUUACAGCGGCUGAUCCAGGAACAACUGCGGUAUGGCACCCCGACCGAGAACAUGAACUUGCUGGCCAUUCAGCACCAGGCCACAGGGAGUGCAGGACCAGCCUACCCUACAAACAACUUUUCUUCCACGGAAAACCUCACUCAAGAAGACCCACAAAUGGUCUACCAGUCGGCACGCCAGGAACCGCAGGGUCAGGAACACCAGGUGGACAAUACGGUGAUGGAGAAACAGGUCCGGUCCACGCAGCCUCAGCAGAACAAUGAGGAACUGCCCACUUACGAGGAAGCUAAAGCCCAGUCACAGUUCUUUAGGGGGCAGCAGCAGCAACAACAGCAAGGGGCUGUGGGCCAUGGCUACUACAUGGCGGGGGGCACCAGUCAGAAGUCUCGGACUGAAGGGAGGCCCACCGUGAACCGUGCCAAUAGCGGACAGGCGCAUAAAGAUGAGGCCCUGAAAGAACUCAAGCAGGGCCAUGUCCGCUCUCUCAGUGAGAGAAUCAUGCAGCUGUCUCUGGAGAGGAAUGGUGCUAAGCAACACCUCCCUGGCUCAGGGAAUGGAAAGGGGUUCAAGGCAGGAGGGGGACCCUCCCCAGCCCCACCUGCAGGUAAGGUGCUGGACCCUCGAGGUCCUCCACCCGAGUACCCCUUCAAGACCAAGCAAAUGAUGUCCCCAGUCAGCAAGACCCAGGAGCAUGGACUUUUCUAUAGUGACCAGCACCCUGGGAUGCUCCAUGAGAUGGUCAAGCCUUACCCUCCUCCUCAGCCUGCAAGAACAGAAGUGGCUGUUCUGAGGUACCAGCCACCUCCAGAGUAUGGGGUAACGAGCCGCCCAUGCCAACUUCCUUUCCCGUCAACAGUGCAGCAGCACAGCCCAAUGUCCUCCCAGACCCCCUCCGUCAGUGGGCCGCUGCACUCUGUCUCCUUACCGCUUCCCCUUCCGAUGACUCUGGCAGCCCCACAGCCGCCGCCUGCUGCAUCCCCCAGCCAGCAGCUUGGCCCAGAUGCAUUUGUGAUUGUGGAACGAGCCCAGCAAAUGGUGGAGAUACUAACAGAGGAGAACCGGGUGCUUCACCAGGAACUUCAGGGAUACUAUGACAAUGCUGACAAGCUCCACAAGUUUGAAAAAGAACUUCAGAGAAUUUCAGAAGCCUAUGAGAAUCUGGUCAAAUCUACAAGCAAGCGAGAGUCGCUGGACAAGGCUAUGAGAAACAAAUUGGAAGGCGAGAUUAGAAGACUUCACGACUUCAACAGAGACCUCCGAGAUCGACUGGAGACCGCCAACAGGCAGCUGUCCAGCAGGGAGUACAACGGGCAUGAAGACAAAGCUGCAGAGGGGCACUAUGCUUCCCAGAACAAAGAAUUCUUGAAGGAGAAGGAGAAGCUAGAAAUGGAGUUGGCAGCAGUGCGGACUGCGAGUGAGGACCAGCGGAGGCACAUUGAGAUCCUCGACCAGGCUCUGAGCAAUGCCCAGGCCAAGGUCAUCAAACUGGAAGAAGAGUUACGAGAGAAGCAAGUAUAUGUCGAGAAAGUUGAGAAGCUGCAGCAGGCCCUGACCCAGCUACAGUCCGCAUGUGAGAAGCGAGAGCAAAUGGAGCGGAGACUGCGUACCUGGCUGGAGAGAGAGCUGGAUGCACUGAGAACCCAGCAGAAACAUGGAAAUGGCCAACCAGCCAGCAUGCCGGAAUACAAUGCCCCGGCCCUCCUGGAACUGGUGAGGGAGAAGGAGGAGCGGAUUCUGGCCCUGGAGGCCGACAUGACCAAGUGGGAGCAGAAGUAUCUGGAGGAGAGCACCAUUCGACACUUUGCCAUGAAUGCCGCAGCCACUGCUGCAGCCGAGAGGGACACAACGAUCAUCAACCAUUCGCGGAACGGCAGCUACGGCGAGAGCUCGCUAGAGGCCCGCAUCUGGCAGGAAGAAGAGGAGGUGGUACAGGCCAACAGGCGGUGUCAGGACAUGGAGUACACUAUUAAAAAUCUCCAUGCCAAAAUCAUAGAGAAGGAUGCCAUGAUUAAGGUCCUUCAGCAGCGAUCCCGUAAAGAUGCUGGGAAGACAGAUUCCUCGAGCCUGCGGCCUGCCCGCUCGGUCCCGUCCAUUGCCGCAGCCACUGGCACGCACUCCCGCCAGACCUCUCUUACCAGCAGCCAGCUGGUCGAAGAGAAGAAGGAAGAGAAGACCUGGAAGGGAAGCAUAGGAUUGCUGCUGGGGAAGGAGCACCAUGAACAUGCUUCGGCUACCAUGCUUCCAACCCCACCCCCCUCAGCACUGUCUCCUACAGCUUCCACCACGUCAACCAGCAGUGCCCACGCUAAGACAGGCAGCAAGGACAGCAGCACCCAGACCGACAAGAGCGCUGAACUCUUCUGGCCCAACAUGGCCUCCCUUUCCACCCGCAGCAGGCUGGGCGUGACCCCCUCCAACAGCCCCAUCCUGAAACACCCAGCGGCCAAGGGGACUGGAGAGAAGUCAGAGAACUCUCCUGGCCAUGGAAAGGCACCUGACCACAAAGGCCGUGUCAGCAGCUUGCUCCACAAGCCCGAGUUCCCUGAUGGAGAGAUGAUGGAAGUCCUCAUCUAACUCUUUCCUCCCUGUUGAAUGUCAUACCCAACAUUGACAAACAAGGAAGGUGGCAAAGAGAGAGAAGGAAGGUCACGAAGGUUCUGGGUGGGAAAUCAGGAAUGAUUUGAACAGAUAAAGAGUUCAGAUUAGAAGAACACUUCUUAUAUAUAUAAAAUAAAACUUUUAAAAAACACACACACACACAAAAAAACAGGAGACCUCCAUGACUGAAGGUAGAGAACAUGCUAUGGAUUUUUCUCGCACAUGGUGGAAGAGAGAAGAUGCUUGUAGGUUUGGAAACAAAGAUAAGAAGAAAUAGGAAAUGGAAUUUUUCAUUGUACAGAAAAUGUAUCUCUUGUGGGGGUGUCUGUGUAUACCCAUUCUCUGGUUAUAAACGCAUAAACCUGAGCAUGGAUCUUCCUUGGAAUACCCCCAUUCUCCUUGCAUCUUAGCAUGUUUUCUUUAAGAAGAACCUUCUAAAAAUCUCGCCAGUGUUGGCAAAAUGCGAUAUCACCUGGGCCAUCCAUCAGGUGUCCAGGAGAGUGUGUGUGUGUGUGACAGUGAGAAGUGUCUGCAGGUGAUGAGGAUUUUAAAAGGUGGUCUUCACCUAAUUAUAUGUUUGGCUUAGGUUUUCAGGAGAUGAUUGGGCUUCUUAGCUUUUCUGGAUUCAGCAGUAUUUUUUAAGCAGGGCAGGAGCAUUAGGAUCUCCGCUCAUCCUCCCUGACUUCUGUAAUCCAACUCUGUUUCUGCUUCACUCUCUUUAAUUUUCUGUUUUUUCCUUCACUUUUUUUCUUUUUAAUAAGUCGUGGCAGAGUUCUUUAGGCAUGGGAUUUAUUAGCGCAUUGUCUGAAGUGUCCUCAUUCCUGCUGUGUUUAAUAGUGGCUGGUAGGAUAGAGCCAUAUGCUGGCUUCAUGGCUGCUUCUUCCACCUUCAUGUACUUGGGGUGCAGCCGUUAACCUCAGUCUGACUGUGGACUAGGUGGGCUUUGAGGAGGUAGAAGGCUCCAUGGAUCACUGUGACAUCUUACAUUAAGAUCAUGGCACUCGCUUUUUGCUCUCUCACAUCAGCUCUCCUGCGAGCAGUUUGAUCACUUCCACCGCUUUACUCUGUUGGGGUAAGUCUUCAAGGUAUGCGCUCCAGGAAAUGAUGACAGUUCACACGCAGUUGCCUUGGCAGCAUCCAGAGUCUCACGGGUCACCCUCGGAACACACUCUGGUGUUUGUAGCUCUCGAGUAGAUUCUCUUCUCCCCCUCCCCCUGCACUCCUGGUUGCUGUUGAUGAACGGCUGAUUUCUGUCAGGACUGGUGUGUUAACAACAUAUCACUUAUCCUCUGCUCUGAACUUUCUUUGUAACCUAACAGACUGGUAUAUAUACAGCGUGGUCAGGUUUUAGAUGAUUCCAGUUUUGGAGCAACUUGUCCAAAGUACGACAGAACUACCAGGGCAAAGAGUCAGGCAUGAGUUAGAUGGUGGUCUCCUGGCCCUUUGCUGUGGGCUUCACAUAUGACUUUUGGACAGUGGCUUCCUUUACAAAUCCAGGAGGUACUGGAUCAGAAAGGGAGAAGCUCAUCAGGCCAUUAUGCACUUUUGCAGGGUCCUGGAGAUCUUUCUGCCUCCAGGUGAGGUGGAUUCCUGUUUUCCCAGGCCCCUUUCUUCAUGCUUACUUAAGAGAAAAAAAAGGCCCUGAGACUUUUUCAAGUCCCAACCUAAAUGAAACUCUGAAGCAGGAACAUUAUUGGGAAUUUUUGCUCGGGUAGCUUGUUUUAGGGCUAAUCUUUGGAGUGUAACCUGGGUGAAGUUAUACAAAAAACCCAAAAACCAAACCCAUUGCCAUCGAGCCAUUUCCAACUCAUAGCAACCCUAUAGGACAAGGUAGAACUGCCCCAUUGAGUUUCCAAGGAGUGCCUGGUAGAUUCGAACUACUGACCUUUUGGUUAGCAGCCAUAGCACUUAACCACUACACCACCAGGGUGAAGUUAUAGCCUUCCCAAAAUUGAGGUGGCAGAAGGAUGAUGAGAGUUGUAGACUGAAGCGUAGGAAGGAGGAUAUCAAUGGCUUUGGUUCAGGGGCCUCCUGAGCCAUCUGCUGUGAGAGAGUAAGACUCUUCCCAAGCACAUGCUCUGCGGCAGGUACCGAGCUUGGUGCUUCAUGCAUGUUGCCUCCUUGAGUCUCACAUUGAGCGUCAAAGUAAAUGUCAUGCAGAGCUCCAAGAGGCUGAGCAGCUCACCCAACACCUGGUAGUGUGAGAGGCGAGCACAGUGGGAGAAAGGGUUGACUGUGGAUGCAGGAGGGGCUGGAGCAGAGGAAUACCAUCCCAGUCUCUGCUCUCCAUCACUUUUCAUGGGUGACAAGAUUCAGUGGAUGGCAACUAACUCUUGAGGACGUUUUGACAUCUGCUUAAUGUUGGGGAUGGGCAGAGACAGAUUACCAAAUAAGCAAGGUACACACGGGCUUACUUGUGCUUACUUACUAAUCUAUAAAUCAGCUCUGCCAGCCCACCCAGCCCAAACCUGGGCUGUCUACCCUAGAAAUGGGUGAGAGGAGAGCUGCAGCCCAGUUUCUCCCAGGGCCUGCCUCUGCUGCAGUGCGCUCACUGGUGCACUAAGUCGCAAGGCUGGCUCGCUCUCCCACAGCCCUGACGUGCCGGGAUGUAAAUGGAGACACAACCACAUUUCUUGUCACCGUGGUCUGUCUUUUCUCCCCCUAACCUGGUGAGACUCUUCCUUGAGAAAAGGGAUCUUAACUUCAGAAUGUCUUCUGUUUGGGGAGAUUAUCUGCCAGCCCAAGGCCCUCAACCCUUUAAUCAUCACAGCUUUCUUGAGCCUUGCUUACAUGUAGGAAAAAGAGAUUGUGUGGACUGACCACCCACUCUGAGCUCUGGACAAUUUAUAAUAUAGUAUCUCAUUUGAUUUUCAGAAAAAUAGUAAGAACUGUAUUUUUUUAGUGCUUACUGUAUGCAAGCACUGUAGUAAAUACCUUUUAAUUAAUCCUUCAAACCAUCUUGAGGGAAGAGAGUUUCUUUUCCUUGUUUCACAGAUGAGGAAACGGGUGCUUAGGGAGGUUAAGUCGCUUCCCAAGACCUCACAGCCAGGAGCUAGGAGUUGAACCAAGGAUUUGGGAGAGGAGCUGUGCCUUAACCACAAGGCUGCACUGCUUCUAACAAGGGGAUAAUAACCGUCCUGCAGCACCUGUCUCCGUCCUGUUGUGUACACGUGCGUACACAUGCACGCAAACGUGCACAUGCUAUCACUUCUCAGGCUAACAAGUAGAGGAUAAAGCCCAGAACGCAUAGAAUUGCCCAUAAACAUCAGGGGCAGAUGGAAAGCUUUGUGUUCUGUUAUAAGCAGGGCUACAAAAGACAUCUAAAAAAAUACUUCCACAUUGUUUAGAGAUCUGGACUUCUUCAAAACUUCCCAGGGGUGUGUGAUUAUGGAACUUGAAGAUCCUGUGUUAGGGUGAAGGGUAAAGGCUUUGGCUUUGUGUGAAGAUUUGCCAAAGUAAUUCUGCUUCAUCCUUGAAUGUGUUGUCUGGAUGUUUCUGCCUCUGCCAGAAGUAUUAUAUGGAAUAUGAGAUGUUGGAUGCAAGCCUCUGAUCCUAGAUCUUUUAGCUAAACAGAUGGUCUUGUAUGUAAGAACUUUUACUGUCUGCAGGUCCAUAAAGCUAAACUGCCAGGAAACGCAUAUUAUUUUCCAAAACUUGCAGAGAGCAGAACUUUAGCAUAUUCUCUUCUCAGCUGUUCUGUUUCCCAGAGCUUGGUAGUCAAUGAGAAUGUUGAGUUGAGCGUGUUCUAACCAGGCAUGCAGGGCAGGGCUGCGUGUCCCUCCCAGUCUUAGGUUGGGAGGGCAGGGGGUGGUGGAGCACUGCGUGUUAAGUUCUCCAGGGAUUGCUCUGUGAAGCUCAUAAAUGAAUUUGAACUACACAGGGCUCAACUUUGACUAGAUAUGGAGGCAUUUGCUCCAAAUGGCUUCUGAACUUGAAGCAGACAAUUCAGUGGUUCUCUGGGAGACACUCUCAGAAUGUCCCCUGCACAGAAUUCCUGUUUAUUCUCACCUGAUUUGCCCUCAGCCACCUGUAUCCUCAUGACACUGUAGCUGAGGCACGUUUAUGCUGACUCCUGAUGGAGUUACUUGUUCUCCCUACCCAGGGCUGCCUUCUGAGUUCCAGAGACAGAUGUGAGCCCAGAUGUCUGGUGAGGUGGGGGUUCCAGGAGGGAGUGAAGAGUAGACUGGGGGUUUAAAA